AAUUUUCGCAGCUCUCUGAUGUGAAGAACUAAGUGUAGGAAUCCGAAUGCAGUUGAUGUCUGGCUUUCCUCACGUAAUCAUGACCCUCAACAUCAUCGCCAUUGUUGUGGCUAUUGGAUUACCCGUUCUGCUGGCCAUAAAUGGCAGGUGGGUGCUUUUGUUUAUUGCCGCAAUAGUCUGGCUUUGGCAGAAACAUCACUUCAACUUCUGGCAGCGAUUGGGAGUCCCUUAUAUCCCAGCAACACCCUUUGUCGGAAAUGUGUGGAACUUGCUGCGAGGCGGAUGCUGCUUCGGGGAUCAGUUUAAGGAGAUGUACCAGAGUAGUGCUGCCGCCGGGCAUCCCUAUGUGGGGAUUCAUGUUCUGCACAAUCAUGCAUUACUUUUGAGGGAUCCAGCCCUCAUAAAACGGAUUAUGGUGGAGGACUUCUCCAAGUUCUCCAGUCGGUUCGAAACAACCGAUCCCAUUCACGACACGAUGGGUUCGCAGAACCUCUUUUUCUGCAAGUACGAGACUUGGCGAGAGAUUCACAAGAUCUUUGCACCAUUCUUUGCGGUCGGAAAGGUCCGACAGAUGUAUGGAUUGCUGGAACGCGUUGGCCAGCAACUGGAGGACCACAUGGAUGUCCAGCUAGGCGGUAAGAAGUCCAUGGAACUGGAGGUUAAGCAGUUGUGUGCCCUUUUCACGACGGACAUCAUUGCUUCGCUGGCGUUUGGAAUAGAAGCACACAGCUUGCAAAAUCCCCAGGCCGAGUUCCGGCAGAUGUGCAUCGAAGUCAAUGACCCGCGACCCAAGCGACUGAUCCAUCUGUUCACGAUGUUCUUCUUCCCACGCCUGUCCGGCAGAAUUCGGACACACCUUUACUCCGAGGAGUAUGAGCGAUUUAUGCGACAGUCCAUGGACUUUAUUCUGGCGGAGCGCGAGGGUAGUGGGGUGAAGCGCCAUGAUCUGAUAGACAUAUUCCUGCAACUGAAAGGUAGCGAGUCCGCCGACAGCAUAAUUCAUCGUCCGGAUUUCUUUGUGGCCCAGGCAGCCUUUCUGCUCCUCGCCGGCUUCGACACCUCCUCCUCCACCAUUACCUUUGGCCUGUACGAGCUGGCCAAGCAUCCUGUGAUCCAAACUAGGCUCAGGGAGGAGCUCCGAGAGGUCCUGCAAUCCAGCCAAAAUAAGCAACUAAGCUGCGACAUCAUCAAUGGCAUGACAUAUCUCCGCCAGGUGGUGGAUGAAGUUCUUCGGAUGUAUCCGCCCACGGCCUUUUUGGAUCGGUGCUGCAAUGCCCCGGAGGGCUACGAUCUCUCUGAAUGGAACUGUGGUACUCCCUUUAAGCUACGACCCGGCACUCCAGUGUACAUAUCUGUUCUGGGACUUCAUCACGAUCCACAGUUCUGGCCCAAUCCGGAAGUAUUCGAUCCAGAGCGGUUUGCGGCUGGCCAACGGCAGCAGCAUCACCCCAUGACAUAUCUGCCUUUUGGAGCUGGUCCUAGGGGCUGCAUUGGUACCUUGCUGGGUCAGCUGGAGAUCAAGGUUGGGCUGCUCCACAUUCUGAAAAACUUUACAGUCGAACUCUGUGAUAAAACUCUGCCGGAAAUGAAAUUCGACCCAAAAGCCUUUGUUCUCACAGCGAAAGGCGGAACCUACCUGCGAUUUGUUGAGAAUCGUCUUUGAAGUGGAUGGUAGUCAUUUUAUUUUUUGCUAUAGCCUUUUAAAUUUGAAAAAUAUAAAUAUCAGAAAACGAUUUUUUUAAAUCCGUAUAAGCAAAAAAGGAAGUUUGCACAACCCCUGCUUUUCAGCCAACCAGGCGUAUACUUGAUCUCUUGAAUCAUAUUACUCAUACGUAUUAAGUAUACGCACCGAAAACAUACUGGAAUAUAAACUUAGGUUCAUAAUUUAUUUUUCCUUUUACUAAAAAGCAAGUUGUUUAUUUUUAACCAAGGGUUUUCACUUUAUUUCAAAGUUGUAGCUUUCAUGUACAUUUUUAAAAACUAACUUAGAAGCAGUUUCGAUUUUGUUUACAAAUAAAAAUAGAAAAAUUUUA